CGUAUCCGUUGCCGGGCCGCCGCGGCGCGCAUUGCUCCGGAGGAGAGGCAGCGAGGGCCGAGCCCCCGGCCCUGCCCGCCCGUUCCGUCGGGCGCUCCGCUCCGCGCCGCCGGGCGCCCGCUGCUGCCCGGGGCCGAGGCUCUGCGGGCUGCUUCGGAAAUGUCCUUCCCUCCUGACUUUGGGAUCUUCACUAUGGGCAUGUGGUCUGUUGGUCUUGGAGCGAUUGGUGCAGCUAUAACAGGGAUUGUCCUUGCUAACACUGACUUAUUUUUGUCCAAGCCUGAAAAAGCGACACUGGAAUUUUUGGAGGGGAUAGAGCUAAAAACAUUGGGAUCAGAACAAAGAACAUUCAAAGCAGGUGAACUGUGGAAGAAGAAUGGUGCAGUGAUCAUGGCUGUGCGAAGACCUGGAUGAUUUUUGUGCAGAGAGGAGGCUUCUGAGCUUUCCUCUCUGAAACCUCAGCUGUCCAAGCUGGGUGUUCCUCUCUAUGCUGUUGUGAAAGAGAAGAUAGGGACUGAAGUGGAGGAUUUUCAGCAUUACUUCAAAGGAGAAAUCUUUCUGGAUGAAAAGAGAAGCUUCUAUGGCCCACGCAAACGAAAAAUGAUGCUGUCAGGCUUCUUCCGCAUUGGAGUCUGGCAAAAUUUCUUGCGUGCUUGGAAAAAUGGUUAUAGCGGUAACCUGGAAGGAGAAGGGUUCACCCUGGGAGGAGUAUAUGUGAUUGGAGCAGGAAGACAGGGUGUUUUACUGGAGCAUCGUGAGAAAGAAUUUGGUGACAAAGUCAGCCUUCCAUCUGUCCUUGAAGCUGCCGAGAAGAUAAAGCCACAGGCUUCAUAAGCUGAAAAAUAGUUGCACAUUUUUCUGAUUGCAGCUUGAAAUGUAGAACACAUCUGUUUCUUGAAUGUACAAUUUAAUUGCUUCUUAACUAUGUAGUGAUCAGUACAGAGGAAAGAUACUCUAUUCAAAUGUAAUAACUGAUGAAAACCCUCCCAGAUUUUUUGUUGCUCUGCUGCCUUUCAGGUGGUCAGAGUUUCAACUGACCUUUUGUGUCUGACUGUAUUAAUGAAAGGCUGGGUCUAAAAUCUGACGUAGUCUAGAUGUUUUCAGUCAGAGACAGUCGGUUGAAAGCCUGUCUACCUAGGUGAGCAAAACCUUGCUAACCUGGAGAAAUGGAGUAUUAGCCUAAGGUUGAAGGAUAAUAAAAUUUUAUGUAGAUGAAA